CAAAUCACAAUUCUCAAAAACCCUAACCGGACCAAACCCUGGGGUUUACCCUAACCGGACCAAACACAAUCCCAGAGACCAAUCGCUUUCUGUCUCUGAGCCUUUUUUCAAUUUUCAGACAGUGACAUUGGGGGCAAUGGAGAUGGUGGGCCUGAGCUCUGUGGAGAGGACCAUGUGGGUGUGCUCUGUUGUGGAAGCUAUGGUGGUGGAGACUGUUCUUGCUGCUGGAAAGUCUCUUGCUUGCCUUCUCAUGGCGACAGGAUCGCUCAGUGAAUCACCAAAAUUGACUGCAAUGGAUGAAAGGUUUCCUUUAGAAGAACUUCGCAGAAGGCGACGCCCUGAUCUGGAGAACAAAGAUGCCAGUGAAACAGAGGAUGAUGAGGAUGAUGAAGACGAUGAUGAUGUUAAUGAUCAGGAGGAUGAUGCAGGCGAUGAGGACUUCUCAGGUGAAGGAGAGGAUGAAGGAGAUCCUGAGGAUGAUCCCGUAGCCAAUGGUGAUGGAGGUAGUGAUGAUGAGGAUGACGAUGAAGAUGAUGAUGAUGGUGACGAUGAAGACGAGGAUGAGGAUGGGGAGGAAGAGGAAGAAGAGGAGGAAGAAGAGGUUCCCCAGCCACCUACAAAGAAGAGGAAGUGAGAAUGUACGUGGAUAUUUUUGCUUCCUCAUUCUAGUUAGAAGUUUGGAGUAUGGAGGGAAAAUUCAGCUAGUCAGUCUGCCUAGUGCGUAGUGUAGGAUUUACCAGUCCAGUUCUUAGUGGAACAUUUGUUCUGGUCUUGAUUAUGUUGUUGAUUGUUGUUAUUAUUAAUUAGUAUUAGUAUUAGUGUUAUCUACAUUGUUCCCCCUUGUGGAAUUAAUGGCUAUUCAUGUACAAUUAGUGAUUGGAAUUUUCAUCCGGGUGUUCUAUUCUGGAUGAGUAAAUAUCAUAUUGCUACUGGAUUUUGUUUGCUGGAUAGAA